CCGAAAAAUAAAAAGAAAACAAAUGUUCUUCAUUCUUUAGAAUAAUUUCAUUAGUUUUUCCGAUUUAGUUUAUUUUAAAACUUAAAACUAAAAUGGAUUUAACAUCCGAAGAAAACUACAUUAUAACACAAGCUCAAAAAGUACGCGCAACUGAUCCUUGUGCAGCGAAAGCGUGGAUUAUAACCGCCAAAACAUUAUUUCCCAAUAAUUUUAAUGUUCAGUUCGAAGCUUAUAAACUUGAAAAAGAAGCAAAUAACUACGAAGAAGCUGCCAAAUGUUUUAGUUAUAUAACCCUUACAUUCCAGAAUCAAAGUGUCGACCUAUGGAACGAGGUUGCGGAGCUAACUGCAGCUCUACGGGCUCCAGAAAAUGAAAUCACACCCGAACAAGAAUUCUAUGUGAAAAUGUUCCAACAUGUUUCCUAUGAUGUUCAACACAAGAUUCUUUUACUCACUGUCAAUCAUACCGAAAACAAUCUGGAGCAAUGCAAGUUGCAGUUGUUGAUUCUUAAGCGAUUACCCGAAGCUGCUGUAACUCAUUCACCACGUCUCCUUGAAAUGAUAGCCGAAGGAAUGAAUUUAAAUCCCCAGAAAUAUCAAGAAAUGCUUGUAGAAGAAGCUCUUCCCUUGAUAUACCACAAGACACCAGAUCUUCCAAGUCAUCUUGUGUGCAGAAUCUUUACGAUUUCUUUAGAAUAUUACAUCAGACAGAUAAUCGAAGAGGAGAAUAAAUGUGACGCCAGCGAGAUUUGGAAAAAAAUCUUCCAAGUACUCGGAUUAUGUGGGAAAAUACUUCGUUGGGAAACUUUUCUGCCUUUCAAUAAGACUUGGAGUAAAAAUGUCUAUUGGGAAAAACUAAUUGAGAUAGCUUCUACAAGUCCUCCAGGAAGCAAUCAGAUUCUCUUCUAUACUACCACCCUCUUUAUUUACUCCCUGCAAGAGUACAUAAAGAACUGCAGUGCUCGAGCUGAAGACAAUGACGUUGACUAUGUCCUUGUUGAAGGAUAUCGAGAAUUGAAGUUAGACCGAUCGAAUGAACCACAAACAAUGGAUCCACCUCAGAUUUCUGUAACUUCCAAUCAUAGUAAAGAAAUUUCGAAAGCGUUUGUAAAUGCUGCCCAGUGUUGGCAAUUACUGAACACCGAACAGUUUCAGAGAGAUUUCAGUCAGCUUUUGAUCAAACUUCCUUUGGCUCCAUGGAUAAGUCGAUUCCUGUUCGAUUUAGCGGUUUAUUUUGGCCAUCAGGAGGAAGCUAAAAAGUUGAUGGCUGAGAUGCAAAUUAAAAACAGUUUGCAACAAAAUGUUCAGCUUUUGAGUUUGAAUUUAAUUCAAGGAGUUCUGACUAUGCAAGGUUUCGAGUGUAUUCUAAAGAUUCUCGUCGACCUCCCAACGAUUCCUGGACAGAUAAUCGAAAAUAUGACAAUUGCCGGUAAUCAACGUCAUGUUCUCUUCCUCCCAUUGACACAGAAGCCCAUCGUCCAAUAUUGCGCUAGAGCCAUUAUAAACAGUUUAAGUCGCAAACUCUUUGAAUCCAAUGUCUCUGAUCUAGUUCUUGGUGAUUUACUUGUUCUGUCUCAAUUGGAUUAUCCUCGAGAAACCCUGCUAGCCGAGCAAAUAUUCUCCCUCAUACGAUCCAGAGGUCAAUUCUGCUAUCGACUCUUCCCCAACUACAUUGUUAUGAUCGAUUAUAUUGAAGAAUUUAUGCACAUUUGGCGUUCACAUAAUGAGGAAUUUAAUUUUGAAUUUUCACCUGCACAAGCUAAUGCAGCUACACGUCGUAUCGGUACUCGAGGGGCUGACAAAGGUGUGAGGGAAGACUUUAAGCAAAUAAUUAAACAACAAAUUCUGAGAGCGAAUGAUAGUAUACCAGCCUUGGUGGCGUCAUUUAUAGCACAAGAACGAAUGCACUUAAUGCAGACUAUUUUUUAGCAUGACAAACACAGAAUAAAAUUAAUGUUGAACAUUUUUCAAAUUGAUGAUUAUUGUAUUGCUUUUAUACAGAAUUUUUUUGUUUUUUAAUUGUAUUAUUUUCGUUGAAACAUUUUAAAUUGCGAUGACAAAUAAUUAAGCAAACACAAUCAGA